GAGGAGGAGUGGAGGAGAGGAGAGGUUUGAAAACCGCAACGGCCCGUCUCCUCACGUUGCUUUCCAUUUCCAUUUCCAUUUCCUCCCCCAAAUCAAUCAGGACGAUGCUCCUCCCCCUCCUCCUGCUGCUCGGCGCCAUCGCCGGCGUCCAUGGCGCGGACCUCCCCAUCGGCGUGAACUACGGCGCCAACGCCGACAACCUCCCCACGCCCGCCGCCGUCGCCUCCUUCCUCGCCACCAAGACCACCAUCAACCGCGUCAAGCUCUUCGACGCCAACCCGGCCUUCCUCUCCGCCUUCGCCGCCAACGCCCCCGCCAUCUCCCUCGCCGUCUCCCUCCCCAACUCCGUCCUCCCCGCCCUCGCCGACAAGGCCACCGGCCUCGACGCCGCGCGCGGAUGGGUCCGUGACAACCUCGCCGCCCAGGUGGCCGCCGGCGCCAACGUCACCCUCCUCCUCGCCGGCAACGAGAUCCUCGGCCCCACCAUCGACCCCAACCUCGUCGUCGCCCUCCUCCCCGCCAUGCGCCGCCUCGCCCAGGCCCUCAAGCUCGAGGGCCUCCCCCGGGUGCGCGUCACCACCCCGCACUACCUCGGCAUCCUCGCGCCCUCCGACGGCAUCCCCUCCAACGCGCGCUUCCGCCCCGGCUUCGACAACAAGAUCCUCGCCCCGAUGCUCAGGUUCCUCCGCGACACGGCCUCCCCGCUCAUGGUCAACGCCUACCCCUACUUCAGCUACAACGCGCAGACGCUCGACUACGCCAUCUUCCGCCCCAACCGCGGCAUCUACGACCCGGCCACAAAGCUCAACUACACCAGCAUGUUCGACGCCCAGAUGGACGCCAUCUACACCGCCAUGAAGAAGCUCGGCUUCGCCGACGUCGAGAUCGCUGUCGGGGAGGCCGGCUGGCCCACAAAGGCCGAGUCCGGCCAGGUCGGCGUCGGUCCCGAGGAGGCAAGGGACUUCAACGCAGGGAUGAUACGGGUGUGCAGCGGCGGCAAGGGCACGCCGCUCAUGCCGGGCAAGACCUUCGAGACCUACAUCUUCUCCCUCUUCGACGAGAACCAGAAGCCCGGCCCAAUCGCCGAGAGGAACUUUGGCAUCUUCAACCCGGAUUUCACGCCCAAAUACGAUCUCGGACUACUCCGACAAGGCUCGUCUGGAGCUCCAAACCCUUCUCCAAAUCCAUCUCCUAAGCCAAGUCCAAACCCCUCAACAAACCCUUCGCCGUCUGGUGGAGGGAAGUGGUGCGUCGUCAAGGCUGGUGCAAAUGCGACCGACCUGCAGAACAACAUCAACUAUGCCUGUGGCUACAUUGACUGUAAGCCGAUACAGAGCGGUGGCGCGUGCUUUGACCCCAACAACGUGCAGUCCCAUGCUUCGUAUGUGAUGAAUGCAUACUACCAGGCCAAGGGGCGCCACGACUACGAUUGCGACUUCAAGGGCACCGGCGUGGUCACCUCCAACAACCCAAGCUACGGAAGCUGCAAAUACGUCUCCUGACGGGACGCAGCAAGUCCAGGCAGUGCAAGGGCAGGGGCACCAGCCUCGAGUCCACAUCCUCCAGGCUCGAGCCACGGCGGCGCUGGAGGGUUGAUACUGCCGGGCUUGCGCCACAUUCUUCUAUACUCUUGUCUGACAGCCAUGCUUCUUGGGUGGUAUUCUUAGUUAUGAGAACCAGUUUAUUAUUAUCCCUCAGCACCAGUGGAUGUAUCCCAGUUGGUCUAGCUUGUGUUUACAAUUUUUUUUCUGUGAGUAGUUGAGUGGUGAAGAGACAGACUGUGUUUAACUUAAUCAUUCCAUUCUAUGUAGAAAUACAGAUUAAAGGAACAGAGUGAAAUGAGGCCUCCUUGUUUCAUUUCAUGGUACAA